CCCGGGAGCCUUGCGGCGCGUCCCGUUGGCCCCGCUGCCCGUGCGCCCGCCGCAGCCUGCAUGCUUCGCGCUGCGCCGCUCCGCGCCCCCGCCGCCGCCUCCUGCUCGCACCGCUGCUGCCGGGCGCCGGAGUAAUAUGCUCACUCGAGUGAAAUCUGCUGUGGCCAAUUUCAUGGGCGGCAUCAUGGCUGGCAGCUCGGGCUCCGAGCACAGCGGCGGAGGCUGCGGAGGCUCGGACCUGCCCCUGCGCUUCCCGUACGGGCGGCCGGAGUUCCUGGGGCUGUCUCAGGACGAGGUGGAGUGCAGCGCCGACCACAUCGCCCGCCCCAUCCUCAUCCUCAAGGAGACCCGGCGGCUGCCCUGGGCUACUGGAUACGCAGAGGUUAUCAAUGCCGGGAAGAGCACGCACAACGAAGACCAGGCCAGCUGCGAGGUACUCACCGUGAAGAAGAAAGCAGGGGCCAUUGCCUCCACCCCCAACAGGAACUCCACCAAGAGACGGUCCUCCCUUCCCAAUGGGGAGGGGCUGCAACUGAAGGAGAACGCGCGCGCCUUCUUCACCGAGAAGAAGAUUCCCCACGAGUGUCUGGUCAUCGGGGCCCUGGAGAGCGCGUUCAAGGAAAUGGACCUGCAGAUAGAACGAGAGAGGAGUACAUAUAACAUAUCUGGUGGCUGCACAGCCCUCAUUGUCAUUUGCCUCCUUGGGAAGCUGUACGUGGCAAAUGCUGGGGACAGCAGGGCCAUCAUCGUCAGGAAUGGAGAAAUCAUCCCCAUGUCUUCGGAAUUCACCCCCGAGACGGAGCGCCAGCGACUCCAGUACCUGGCAUUCAUGCAGCCUCACUUGCUGGGAAAUGAGUUCACACAUUUGGAGUUUCCAAGGAGAGUGCAGAGGAAGGAGCUGGGAAAGAAGAUGCUCUACAGGGACUUUAACAUGACAGGCUGGGCAUACAAAACCAUUGAGGAUGAUGACUUGAAGUUUCCCCUAAUAUACGGAGAAGGCAAGAAGGCCCGAGUGAUGGCAACUAUCGGAGUGACCAGGGGCCUGGGGGACCAUGACCUGAAGGUGCAUGACUCCAACAUCUACAUAAAGCCAUUCCUGUCUUCAGCUCCAGAGGUAAGAAUCUACGAUCUCUCCAAAUAUGAGCAUGGAGCAGAUGAUGUGCUGAUCCUGGCAACAGAUGGACUGUGGGAUGUUUUAUCAAAUGAAGAAGUGGCAGAAGCAAUCACUCAGUUUCUUCCUAACUGUGAUCCUGAUGACCCUCACAGGUACACACUGGCAGCUCAGGACCUGGUGAUGCGUGCUCGUGGUGUCCUGAAGGACAGAGGAUGGCGGAUAUCUAAUGACCGACUGGGCUCAGGAGAUGACAUUUCUGUAUAUGUCAUUCCUUUAAUACAUGGAAAUAAACUGUCAUGAAAACAACUCAGGGGAUUGGAAGAUCAGAAGGAAGAAAGCUGGGAUGCCUCUUGGCAGGGCAGGACUGGGAAGUGCCCCAGCAGAGUUCCAGAUGGUGCCACCUCUUCCCAGCCCAGAUGGAGAGUUUGCUGCCCAAAGGCCUCUGGCUGUGUUUCAAGAGGAUCAAUAGGUUUCAGUUACUGCUAUAGUUAACAAGUCUGGAUACUCAACAAAAGCAAAACCUAAAGGCUGCUACUGAGUGUUGUUUCUUUUGGUUCCUUCAAUAGGCCUCCUAAGUGGCCAGUGCCUAUUUUGGGCACAUAAUCAUAUUUAUUUUAACUGGAAUGCUGGGGCAGCCAUUUUCAGGUGUAACUGGCAGAAGACUCUUCGUCUGUCAAGCUGCCAAUUUGUCUACGGGUUGGAACGUUGGGGAUCAUGCCUCAGAAAGUGUGAGCGCCCACCUUCUACUAAGCCUGAGAUUUAUUUCAGGGAAUGCUAUCUAUGUGUGUGUCUCUCUCUAUUCUUUCAUGAUGAUGAUGAUGGGGUGAGGUAGGAAUUUUUUUUUAAUUUCUUGAAUCUUAAUUGUUUCCAUAGAACAGGCCUGGGACUUUCCAACUCCUUGCUGAGGAAUUUGUGUGUCCAAGUCCAACCCAGGCUGUCACUGUAUCCUGUAACCCACACCACCCAGGCAGACCUCUGGAGCAGUGCCCUGGCUAACAGAGUGCUGUCUUUGUUGUGUAAUAAUUUGUUUCUAGGUUGAUUUUUUUUCCUACUAAAUCAGUGUUUUCACGAAAUUUGGGGUAUUUCUUUGGGCCAGCAGUUCCUCUUUUGUCUUCAAGGGUCUCCCUUGUGUUGUUUGAGGUUUCUGUUGGUUUCUGAAUCUGGGUUUUCAUUUCUGGAAUGAUUGCUUCCAGAUCCCAACCCAUCCUUGCUGUGCCACAAGUACACACAUAAAGCAGUGUUUAAUAGAGCUGUGUGGGAAGUCCCUUAAUGUCAGUCAGUUCACCACACCUCAUUUCAGAACCUUUCCUCCACUUUAAAUCCAGGUUCCAUGGGCUGCAAGGGUUCCCAGGCCCACUCCAAACAAUGUGUAAGUAUCAGAGUCUGUCAGGGAACAGCAGGCCCUCUCCCCACCAUCUUUGGACAAGACCCACUCAGACUGAAUUUGAUGAAACAGAAUUUGAAUUGGGUUGACUGGCCAUUCACAUGCUCCUUCUCCAUGGAAUCAGGUCCCAACCACCCAACCACUUAGACUACUGUUCCCUCUGAGUGUUCCUCAUGGAGCAUCCACAGAAGCAGUGGACACAUCAGAUCUGCCAGGUGCUUCACUGCCUGGAGGAACUGAAAAAUUAGCAAUCCCUUCUAUCUCUUAGACUGCUGCUCUGCAUGGGUACCUUGUAGAGCAACAUCCCAUUACUGAGCCUUCUUCCUGGAGAGCUCCUGUGGUAUCACCACCAUCUGGACAACUUCUUGUAAUUAAAACAUUCAAUGAAGAAAGAGUCAUUGUGGUGGUCCCCCAAAAUGCUGGAGAGCCAAUUCCAGUUCUCAUGUUUUUGAAACCCUCCCCCACAGGAGAGGACAGGACCUUUCCUCCGGGAGAGUUCAUCGCCUGCAUACCUGGAUUUAUAGAUUUUUUUUAGGAAUGGCCUGGAGCCUUCCUAUUCUAUGUUCAUCCCACAGUGUGGAAACAGUGCUCAGCCUGGUGGGUGAAGUACUGUGGGAAUUCAUCCAUCAGGUGGUUGCCAAAAUGUUGUCUGGGAAGAACUGGACUACAACCUUAUCAGGCGUCCUCUUCAUCCCUCCUCCUCCGAUAAAUCUUAGCUACCCCAAUCACUCUGUGGAGAAAAGUUUAUGGUAGACAGUUUGCUUCUCUGGCAGAAUAUUAUGCUAUGGAAAAACAUGCAGGCAUCCUACAGCAGUGUGGUCCAUUUUCUGUUCCUGCCUUGACUCCCUAACCCACAUAUAAAUUGGAAUCUUGAGAGUUUCCCUUGGAGGAUUCCAAGUUAUCAGCUUUAGGAAGCAGUCACCUCUUUCCUAUGUUUCCAUUGCCUUUCAUUUCUUUUCCCUUUCCUGAGCUUUUAUGUACUCCCUAUCUUGAACUUCCCAGUUUUAAUUGAGCCACAAGAGUCAGAGUGUCGAUGCAGACAUGUAGAUAUGACAUGUCUUAAUUCAUCAAUUCAUUUACUGCCGAGGCAUGUCUCGGGAAAAACUCUGGAACUCCCUUAUUUAGUGUAUCCUAGUCUCGCACAUUUAGUCCUUCUGCUUUUAGUUGGGUAACUAGGAAUUCUUUUCAUAAGCCCCGUUGGGUAAAAAGAGCCCAGUAGCAAGCUGAAGCCAUGAUUCUAUUGGGAGUAUGGGAGGAAAACUACAAAUGAGGUGAAUAAAUCAAAUGUGGAAAAAUUAUUUGUUAUGCUCAUGGAAAAAUCUACCCAGUACUAAUACCGCUCUGUGCAUUGAGCUUACUCGGUUUUAGCUUUAUUUUUUACCCAGACCCUACAUCAUCCCAUCCUAGAGCAGUAACGGUGUCUACAUAACAGGUAGGCUCCUGGAGCAUUCCUGGAAGGGUCUAAAGGCAACACUCAAAAUUCUGCAGAAUGUAUGUAUACGUGGUUCUGAAAUCUUCCAUAUCUGAGUUGUAGCCAAAUCUGCUUGUCCUCACAGCCUCAGAGGAAGUCUUGUUUUCCUAGUCAAGUCUUUAUGGUUGUCUUGGGGUGUGUGCGGCCACUUCCUUUAAUGAAAGGCUCUUCCUGUUCUAAAUCUUGUUGUUGGGCUGGUCCCUGCUCUUUCAAACAUCUGACACUCUCUUCCUUAAAGAGAGCAAAUUUACACUUCAUCCACACUGCAGCAUCUUCCCAGGCAACAGCCAAACCUUUGUUAUCUAAACACCUGAAAUCAGAGCAGUGCCAGCAGUCAGGAGGAGGGGAUGUUCUGCAGUGGUUGUGUUUACAUAACUGCUACUCUUGGAUAGAGCUGAAAAUCGGCUAGGCCAACUACUAAUAAGACAAAGCCCCCCACCGCCCUCCCUCAAAGUGGGAAUUUCAGUUCUUUUCCACAGUAUUCAGCUUUGGGAAAUUUAGGGUGCUUAAUUUUUUUAAUCCUUAGCAAUUUACCUCCAUGGGACUAUGUGAAGUCAGCUGUGCUCACUCUCUUCUUACUCUUCUAAGUAUUCAUUUAUUUUGGGGAGAUCUACCGCAGUAGAUAGAUAUUGGCAGGCAGGGAUGAGUGUCCUGGUACCCAGAUUUGGCCUAGGAUCGUGGCCAUUCAGGGAGGGUUUUCUGGUUUACCAGGAAGAUUAGAAAGAAAACACUUAGAAAAAAAUCUCCCAAAUCUUUAAAACUCUAAUUCUCCUCUUGAUCUCACCUCCUUUCGCAUCUGCCCGUCAACUUUAAUUUACAAGGCCACAAGUGGUCAGUGGUUUUCUUUCCAUCACAGUUUGAGGAUCUUGCCAUUCCUUAAAUGACCCAGCAGUUCCACUCUUUUCAGAGUGAAUCUAUUAAGCUUUUAUGAGUUUCUAUUUUCAGUAAGUUAGUGCUUCUGGGACACUUGGAGAAAGCAGUGAGAGUCAUUGUCUAUGCAAAGAACAACCCGGCUGACCCAAAAAGUUACCAGAUCUAAGAAAAAAGUAAAAAGCAUAUAACAGGAACUUGGAUUUUUGAGGACUUACAAUUGCAGAGAAAUUUUGCAGCCUGCAC